AUGGAUGUGAUGAAAACGAACUUUGAGCAAUGUGUUCCUCUGGUUAGUAAGCGGUCACCCUACGAGCGGCUGUCAACACUACAUACGUAUUCACAUAGUGGCUGGGACAACGAACACGACGAAAAGGACCAAAAGGCUCAGGGUAGGGAAAUGUCUCGCACUUCCGCUUCCUACCUGCAAUUCACGUUGGGCACCUUCCUCUUUACAUCUUCAACGCCCGCUCGAGAUAAACUUGUUGGUGCGACUUUGUAUCAACCUCAAUAUUGUUAUCCACUCCUGAGUUGGUGCCCUAUCCUCGGCCAGUCAGAUAUCUGGUGCACACUUCUCUCUAUAUCGUUGUACUGCUAUAUUAACGUACUCGGAAAGGAUAGUGCAACAUUUGGUAGUGAGAACAUUGUGUGCGCUACAGUUGCAAUCCUCAGUGAGAUUGCCAGUCAGCAGAACGAGUUGCACCACGCAUUGAGUUUGCGUGGUUUGGUUUGGCCGGAUUGA